UGUGACACACUAGUGCAGCUGUUGCCAUCUAGUGUUGUAUUUUGACAUAUCAGUGCAGGUGUUGCCAUCUAGUGUUGUAUUUUGACAUAUCAGUGCAGGUGUUGCCAUCAUCAAGUAUUAUGUUGUAACACCACAUCAAUGCAGGCGUUGCCAUCAUCAAGUGCUGUGUUGUAACAACAUCAAUGCAGGUGUUGCCACCAUCAAGUGUUGUGUCGUAACACAACAUCAAUGCAGGUGUUGCCACCAUCAAGUGUUGUGUUGUAACACAACAUCAAUGCAGGUGUUGCCACCAUCAAGUGUUGUGUUGUAACACAACAUCAAUGCAGGUGUUGCCACCAUCAAGUGUUGUGUUGUAACACAACAGUCAGGCCAUUCAUCACAAUAUUAUCACACUACUUACAUGUGUUAAUACAUCAUGGCUGAUUCAUCUAAGGAAGUUCUUAAUGGAUAUAGACUUGUGAAAGCUAUUGCAUUCUGUGGUAGAAAAGUCUUGUACAAGAUUUUCCUCUUGGGAACCCAGGAUAAACCUUCUCACAUGGCACUGAAACAUUACUUGAUAACCUCACAAGGAGAAAAUGUAAUGAAAAAUUUUAACAGCACUCAGAAGGAAAUGAUUGAUAAGAAUGCUGAUGGAUCAAAGUUUGAUAUGUCACUACUUUAUGUUAGCAUCAAAGUAUCGUGUAAGACCGUGGCUCCAAACAAUGAUCCAGUAUGGUUUACUCCCGGUACACAUAUGGAGUACUACAUUACUGCUGUUAAGAAUAUGAGGAAUGAUCAUCUUCACGGUCAACUUACAAUUACUGAUAAAGUUUAUUUUGAAAAUAUGAUGAAACUAAGGGAACUGUUAACUGGUUGUCUUAAGACAUCUGGAGAGAAGUAUGGGAGAGACGAAGCUGAAGUGAAGGAAGAGAUCCAGCAGAUGAAUGAUGAACUGGACAACAUCAUGAAGGAAAUUCUUGGAAAACAAGAUAUAUUAACAUUUUGUGGUGAUGAAAUGAAAAGUCUUAUGAUUAAUGAAAGUCGUGAUAAACUUAAGGAGAUCUUCCAAAGUAUCAGCUAUGUCAACCCAGUGUCUUUUAUCACUAGUAACUUGAAACUUAAAGUUGGCAAAAUCUUUGUAAAUAUUCAGGUCAAACAUGGACAACGUGGAGGUGAAGGUGAACAUAUAAGUUAUCAACACCUUCUUAAACUUGUUCAGACUACAGCAACACCAUCAUUUACAAGCACUGUUUUACAACAACAGUACCAGACUACAGCAACACCAUCAUUUUUCAAGCACUGUUUUACAACAACAGUACCAGACUACAGCAACACCAUCAUUUACAAGCACUGUUUUACAACAACAGUACCAGACUACAGCAACACCAUCAUUUACAAGCACUGUUUUACAACAACAGUACCAGACUACAGCAGCACCAUCAUCAAGCACUGUCUCACAACAGGUACAUGUACUUACCCACAUAUAAUAUUGCUUGAAGGUGUGGCUGGCAGUGGCAAGACUACUCUAGUGAAGUUAGUAAUAUAUGAAUGGACUCAGGAUGGUCAAGGUAAUAUUAGUGACUUAGAUAAUUAUGACCUUCUACUGUGGGUACAGUGCAGUGACCCAACAAUGACCUGCUACCAGCACCUCCUCGAAAGACUGAUGCCAAAAGUAGCCAUAAAAUUCAAGGAAAUUCUUCCUAAGCUGAUGAAGCUUUGUAAGACCUUAAUUAUAAUUGACGGUCUUGAUGAAGAUAAUGAAAGUUCUAGAACACUAGUCCAGAGUCUAUUGCAAGAAUUUAAGUACUGUUCUAAUAUUGCUUUUCUGUGCACUUCACGACCAGAAAAAGUUGAGAACUUUAGGAGAACAAUCCCUGCAGAGUAUACUGUGCAACAUGCAACACUACAUGGUAUAUCUAGGACAAGUGUAGUACAGUUCGUGCGUCUGAACCACCAGGAAAUAACCAAACAAACAGGGAAUAACAGAAAUACUGAAGAACUGGUAAGAAAAGUAAGUAAGUUAGAAGGAAUUCAUGAACACUUAAGACUACCAAUGAAUUUGAUUCUUAUGAUAUACAUCUGGGACCACGACCCUGACCAGCUGAACUUAACAUCUGUCACUCACACGGAGCUAUAUUAUAAUAUUCAUGAACUGUGUAAACACAAGUUAAUAGAGAGACUGACCAACCAUAAAGCUACAAAGAAUAUGGAUGACAGGAAAUUAAAGUUUAACAUUAACAAUAUUUUGAUAAUAAUAUACAAGACAGCGCUAGAAAGUCUUUCAGGUGAUCAGUUAAACCUUGAGGAAGAAACUGUAGAUAAACUGAUAUCUACCUGUGAUGAACUGUGUUUACCUUACAAAGAAGUGUUGUCAGCGUUCCUUUGUUUAAGACCAACAUGGACGGUUCGAGGGAUCACGGAGCAGUACUCAGCUCCUCACAAGGGAAUACAAGAUUACUUCGCUGCUCUCUAUAUUGUGAGCAGUCUUAAUAACCCACAGUGCUCUACACCCACAUCUGCCUCAGCUACACUUGUCAGCAUCAGGGGAGUGUUAGAAGAGAGCAUCAGGUCAGCCAGGGUAGACAUGAACAAAUACCAGAAUGUUCUGAUACAUGUGGCUGGGCAGCUCCACCUGGUAUUAGACCAGGUACCUGAGGCAUCUGCACGGGAAAUAGUUCAUCUCCUACAAGAGUCUGGUAUGAGAGACAAAGACCAGUGGCUCGACCUCCUUGACAACACUAAGAUGUCUCCAGUAAUUGUCAAAGAAAUCUCUCGUUUCUUCACCAGUGAAGAAACAAUUGUACGUAAUGAACGAGUGAGGAGCUACACUGCUCUCCUACCACACCUCAGCUCCAGCGUGGUGAAGAUUAUUAUCCGUGGUGACCCGAGUAACCUGCCUGGCCUGCCUGAUCUGCUGGCUGCCUUCACCCACCAACAACGUUUACAACCUCGGAGUCAUGUGGAGGUGUUCGCUGGUCGUCUUACUGAUAGAGGACUGAGGCUGCUACAAUCAUGUAACAAGCUGAGGGUACUCCAACUGAGAGUGGUGAGCGACCACCAUGCUGGCUCUAUCCUGCCACAACUACACCACACUGUAACCUCCACACUACAACUUGAGUGGCUCAACUAUCACGAUAAACUUUUAUCAUCAUUUAUCAACGCACUCCAGUCCUCAGCCUUUGUCCCUGACGAGUAUAAAAGAUCCACAGCGUCGUUUGCUACAAUAGCAGCGUUUGGGGCAAUCAAAGAACUAAUGCUGCCUGCAUCCGUGUGUUCUUAUGAUGCUAAUCCUCCAACCGUGAGGAUGGAACUGCUUACAACACUUAAUCAUGUACAUUCCUUGUGCCCCCAGAGCAUGCAAGAUAGUGUCCAGUUGCCUCAGGUAUCCGAGGACCCUCAAACUAUCUUGAUUGCUGAGCCUAUUCCUGCAAUAUCUGCUAUUUCAAGUAGUAGUUCCUCCACAGGGGACUCCUUGUCGGAAAAUGACUACUUGCAGCUAUGGGUCGGUGCUAUUUCAACUGGGAAGAGCCCAUCCACUUCACUGGAUCAAUCCGUACCACCAGUAGAGAAGAAAGAUAUAGCUCCCAAUGACUUCCCAGACGAGAUCAAGCGUUUGUUGAAUCAACAAACGUCGUAA